AUGAGGCGAAUGACAAAAAUGCUCGGCUCAGUCGUCGUAUCCGUCAAUUACCGUCUGGCUCCAGAAACGGUAUAUCCUGGAGGUUUAGAAGACGUCGAAAAGGCGCUCGUCCACUUUCUGGACAAUGCCGAAAAGUAUGGGGUGGAUCCCGAACGCGUGGUGAUAAUGGGGGACUCGGCCGGUGGGAAUCUGAUUGCAGCUACCGCGCAACGGAUGCGGAAACGGCCGGAAUACCGGAUAGCCGGACAGGUCCUCCUCUACCCGCUACUCCAAUUCCACAAUCUCCAAACUCAAUCCUACCGCCGCUACCACCGGGACCUAAAGGGUUACGCGCUUGUUGACCCGAUCUCCCUCUGCUACUACUACAUGUGGUAUGCCGGGAUCGACAUCUCGGUGACCCCGGAGUUGGCCCUAGCCGCAGUCUCGAAUGGCCAUAUUUCGGAUCGCGUCCGAAACACGACACUCGAGGAGCUGGAUUUUUCGGAACUGCCGAAAAAGCCUAACCAUAAGAUUCGGAAUGUGCUGGAGGUGGAGCGGAAUUUUGAGGCCAUGGCUCUCAUCGAAGAACGUCUCCUCGACCCGUCAUUCGUACCAUUGGUCCAAAAAAAUCUCACCGGCCUGCCCGAGACACUUAUGGUCACCUGCGAAUUUGAUAUUUUAAGGGAUGAAGGUAUCCUCUACCAUCAACGACUUCUGAAAGCCGUUUCGAAUUCGCGGGCGGACUCGGCCGAGUCGCAGGAGCAGCUGAAAAAGGACGUCGACCAGGUCCUGCCGCCAGAAGAAUACCACAGGAUGCGGCUUUGUACUACCGUAUGUGAAGAAAUUAUCAAGAAAAUCUUCUACCACAUUGGCUGGCAAAUCGGGAAGCGGCCGCUCACAUUCAUCCUCCUCGUUUUGUCAAUCACGGGAGCCGCGCUUUUUGGACUAUUACGAUUUCAUGAGCGAAAUAACCCUCGCGAAACAUUCAUCGCCUCCGAUUCCCCGUCAAAAGUCGAAUGGAAUGCCGUGCAAUCAUUUUUGGCCGACGACAAGGCGUUGGAUAUCGUUUUGUUAUUAAUCCAAACCUCCGAUGGGCAGGGAUUCUUUGGGAAUCCAGAAAAUAUGAACCAACUCGGCGAUUUUAUGACGGAAAUCAUUGCGAUGAACGUCACCGACAACAAUGGAAAAAAUGUUACCUUUAUGGACAUGUCUGGCCGUUUCAAAAAGCAGAUUUUGGCCCCGCAAAUGAUUCAAGUGAAACGGCUAGGGUUGUACGGAUCUCAGAACAUGAGCUAUCCUUGGUUUGACAACAAGGACACGGCCAUCGGCGAAGAAACGGCCAUGAUUUUGGGUGGAGAUGACGCGGGCAGUACUGAUGACUAUGAUAGCGAUGAUGAUGAAGACCCGACCGAGACCGUAAAAAUCUACGGCGGCUACACGAUGUACGAUGUCGAUUUUUACCCAAAUACCACGCUCGUUAGGAACUAUAAUACUACCGUACUUCGAUUGUUUAUGGGCUAUGAUGACAUUGACACGCUCUACCGAUGGGAGUCGCAGAUCUACGACAUCCUCUACGAAUCAAACAAAUAUCCAAAUCUGAAAGGAGGCGUGGCUUCCGAGAAUAUUAUGAGCAAGGAGGUCAAGAAAAUCGGUGACGACGUCGCACCAUUUUUCGGGCUUGUCUUUGUCGUCCUGCUCACUUUCAUCGUCGUGUGCUCGCUGCGCGAGGACCCGAACAUGAGCAAACCGUUGGAAGCAUUCCUUGGCAGUUGCGUCCCGCUUUUGGCCACCGUCACCACGAUCGGCUUGGUCUCGGCCAUUGGAGUGGAAUUCCAGAGUAUGGCCGUGUCGUCGAUGUUCUUGUUGCUGGCAGUCGGCUUUGAUCACUUGUUCAUAAUGACGUCGGCUUGGUACAAGACGAACAAAGCGGACGAUAUCCCGGAAAGAACGGCGCAAAUGUUGGCGCAUUCCGGCGUUUCGAUGACUGUCACUACCGUUACCAACACAAUCUCGUUUGCUACUGGUAUUGCUUCGACGACUUCGUCGCUACGGGUAUUCUCUAUUUAUUCUGUCGUCGCCUCUCUAACCGUUUAUGCCUUCGAAGUGCUCCUCUUCCCAGCCAUUAUGGCCCUCUUCUCGCAUCGAGAAUACCGUGAAGUCCAAAAAGUCAGCAAGUUCCGGCGACGCGUCUUCGAGACGCUCCGAAAAAUCCACGACUCCUUCUUCGAGGGGCUUGUUAGCUUCAUCUCGAAAUGGUGGUCUCCACUUAUCGUUUUUACGAUACUGUUCACCUACUGGACGAUUGCGUUUUACGGGGCUACUCACGUAAUUUCGGACAUGGAUCUCAAAGAUUUGGCCCCAAAGGAGUCCAGAAUGGCGAUAUUCAAGCAGGAAUGGGAUCGAUCGCAGCUUCCGAUGCAAAGCGACGUCAUCAUCAUCCAGAACGCAGGCAAUUUGCUGAACGAGACGCGGCGGCAGCGACUCCUUGACUUUUUCGAUGAAUUAUAUGCCCAGCCGACCGCCCUUGGCCCCAAUACCACCGUUUGCUGGUUCCAGCUCUACCUUGAGUAUUUGGAACAAAAGAACUCCACCUUCACCUAUACUUUGAUCGAAGAUUUUAUGGACAGUGGUGAGAGGAGUUGGAUCAACGGAACCUUUAAGUACGACUACCUCGCCUGCCAAAACGAUGAGCCUGGCUGCAUCCAGUCUUUUGUGUGCAUGUCUGGCUUUUGGAAUAUUACUCGCGACCGCGAAAUGUAUCCGGUGCUUCUUGAAUGGCGUCGUAUCGGGCGGGAAUAUAAGGACCUGGGAGCCGUGAUCUAUUCCGAGAGGACCGAUUUUGCUGAUCAGAUCCAAACCCUGAACGCUUUCUUGUGGCAAUCGUUGAUCGAAGAGGUCGUCUGCAUGGGAAUCGCUUUUAUCCUAUUUGUCCCCGAAACGAACAGCAUCAUCGUCGCCGGGUUCAGCAUCUUCAGCGUCAACUUGGGUGUGUUUGGAAUCCUGUCCCUCUGGGAGGUCGGUGUCGACCCGUUCUCCAUCGCAGCCCUGUUGAUGUCAAUCGGAUUCUCAGUCGAUAUCUCGACCCACAUCUCCUAUCACUAUUAUGAAUCGCACGGAACGGACCCCGUGGAACGAUGGCGCGAAACGUACUUCUCGAUCGGGUGGCCGAGCAUGCAGGGUUCGCUCUGUUGUUUGAUAGCCAUUUUGCCGUUGCUUGGCAAGCCGAGCUACCUGACUUUUGUGUUUUGUAAGACAAUCUUUCUCGUCACCUCGCUCGGCAUCCUGCACGCCUUCAUCGUGCUGCCCGUCGUCCUCACCAUGGUCACCCGAUUAUGCAAUAUCGGAAGACGGCGAUCCCGCAAAUUCACCGUCUCCGACUCGUCCACCGUCAACAAGCCGAUCGAGGUGCAGGUCGGGAAA